AGCCGACUGCAGUUAUUUGACCUCCGCAGAGCGGCGUUUCAAAGUGGGCGUGAGAGGGCGAUGUGCCGACAGGAUUUUUGAAAAAUAUUUUGUGGCAUAUACCCUGAACUCGAUCGAACAUAUCCGUUUUUGGUAUUCCUAUUAUAAAAAGUGCAUCCUACUAUAUUUUUUCCGCGUCGAAGCCAGUCAUCUUGUGGUCCUUAACUUUAGAAAUCCCCAUAGGCCGAAAACUGUGUUCUGCUACCGUCAACCACAACCUGCCGAACCGGUUCUGACCCUGAAGCCGUGAGGAUCUGUGUCGACGUGAAAACACCACGCAGUAGUCUGGAGCAUCAGCGUACCUUGAAUCUGGAGUUUGACCAACAUGGCGACUGCAGCAAGAUCUCAUCUGAAAGGAGAGGAUGGACAGUAUUCUCCCCGUACCCACAAGUGCACUUAUUGCGACAGGAAGUUUCCCUUCAAAAGUAGGCUCAAUCAACACCUACGUAAACACACCGGUGAGAUCCCAUACCAGUGUGAUGAAUGCGGGAAACGAUUUAAUCAUCUUGGAAAUCUGAAGGCACAUAUGCGACUUCACACUGGUGAAAAACCGCACACGUGUGAAAAUUGCAACAAAGGUUUCAGUCAGGCAAGUUAUCUGAAGAGACACGUGCGGACUCACACAGGGGGAUCCAACAUGGCGACUGGAGCUGGAUCUCUUCGGACACAAUGGCAGUAUUCUCGCCAUACCCACAAGUGCAGCCAUUGCGACAAGGAGUUUCCCUUCAAAAGUAAGCUCAACCAACACCUGCGAACCCACACUGGUGAGAGACCAUACAUUUGUGGGGAAUGCGGGAAACGGUGCAGUCAGCUGGGCGAUCUAAGGAAACACAUGGUUACUCACACAGGUGAGAGACCAUACCAGUGUGAUGAAUGUGGGGAACGGUUUAAUCGGCUAUCUAUUCUGAAAGACCACAUGAGGACUCACAUCGGUGAAAAACCGUACCGAUGCCAGGAGUGCGGCACACAGGUCAGUAGGCUGUGCGAUCUAAAAGUACACAUGCGGACUCACACCGGUGAAAAACCGUACAAGUGUGAACAGUGCAGUAAAUGCUUCAGCCAGUCAACAAAUUUUAAGGUUCACAUGCGGACUCACACGGGGGAACUUCCGUACAGAUGUGAGAAGUGCAGCAAGCAGUUCACUACGUUGUCAAAUUUAAAGAGGCACAUUCGGACUCACACGGGUGAGAAGCCGUAUAAGUGCGAGACAUGCGGCAAGCAGUCUAGUGAUUUGGGUGAUCUGAAGAAGCACAUUCGAACCCACACCGGUGAGAAACCGCACGAGUGUGAGGUGUGCUACAAGAAGUUCCGUGAGCGCAGUAGUCUAAAGAGACACAUGAAGACUCACAUUGGUGGAAGUUCAUCGGUGCCUGUGUGAGGAUUGAAUCAUGUGACUUACUAUUCACAAAACAAAAGUUCAUUCUAAAUGCCAGUUAUGUUUUAUUGGAAUGUGUCAUUCUUUUGUCAGUGUGACAUUUGUUUUGAUUGAGUAAUAUACUCUAAACAUGACUCUACUCUACGAUUCAGAAGAGAGUUUCAACGUUAUGGAGGAAAUGCAAUUUAUUAAAUCGUCAAAAUCACCGAAUUAUAAAUAGUUAUUCUUAUUAUAAAUCGAAGUUGUUUAUGAAAAAGCGACAUUGGCAGUAAUUGUUGUGACAGUUAAAACUGCAUGUUUAGAUUGUUAAUUUAUCUAUCUCUAACCGGUGAAAACAUACAUGUGAAAGACGUGUAGCAGUUAUCAAGUCCUCUUGAUGUGGUAAAGGCGAUGCAAAAUGUAUGUAAGUAUGUAUGAAAUAAUUCAAGUAUGCAUCUGCACAUCCUUCACAGAUUUUCUAUUUCGGUAACAGCACUUAAUUGACAUGCUAGAGAUUCUGUAUCUAUAUCAAAUUCCGCAACUGUUCAUUUUUGGGUUGCUAACGUGUUAGAGGCGCCAUGGUCUAUAGUUUUCCACCUCUACACUUUCUUUCUGUUAGAUACUGAAGUUGUUAUUAUCACUUUGUAAGUCACUAAUCCCUGUAAAUACACAUAUCCUUAACUUUUGGAAUGAACUCUUGAAACAUGUUAGUUAUAGAUGUUGCUACGAGGGGCGUUCAAGAAGUAAUCCACCUGACCCACUUCCAGUUGUCUGAUCUAGAUGAAAUUUUGCAUAUGUAA